AUGACGACCGACAGGGCCCCGGUGCGACGCAGUAACACCAUGCCCCCCAAUUUGGGUAACGCUGGUUUACUGGGGCGCUUGUUGGAAGAGCGAGCCCCCAGCACCAGCGUCUUCCACCUGGGAGUACCGGUGGAAGCCCUCUUCUUCGUUGGGAACCAACUCAUCGCCACCAGCCACACCGGCAAAAUUGGCGUCUGGAAUGCCGUUACCAAGCACUGGCAGAUCCAGGACGUUGUCCCCAUCAACAGCUACGAUGCUGCCGGCACCUUCCUCCUCCUCGGUUGCAACAAUGGCUCCAUCUACUAUGUGGACGUUCAGAAGUUCCCCCUGCGCAUGAAGGACAAUGAUCUGCUGGUGACGGAGCUCUACCGCGACCCCACCGAAGACGCCGUCACUGCCCUCAGCGUCUACCUCACCCCCAAAACCAGUGACAGUGGGAACUGGAUCGAAAUCGCUUAUGGCACCAGCUCCGGCGUGGUGCGGGUCAUCGUGCAGCACCCCGAAACGGUGGGCUCGGGUCCUCAACUCUUCCAAACCUUCACCGUCCACCGCAGCCCUGUCACCAAAAUCAUGCUUUCGGAAAAACACCUCAUCUCUGUUUGCGCCGACAACAACCACGUCCGGACCUGGACGGUGACUCGUUUCCGCGGGAUGAUUUCUACCCAACCCGGCUCGACGCCGUUGGCUUCCUUCAAAAUCCUUUCCCUGGAUGAUCUCGACGGUCCCGCCGGCUGUGGCGCUGGCACCGAUAUCGGACCCUUCGGCGAGCGGGAUGAGCAGCAGGUCUUCAUCCAAAGAGUAGUGCCAGAUGCGUGCCAGGUCUUCGUCCGGCUUUCUUCCACCGGCAAAAGGUGA